AUGGAAACCAAGAAUAUUGCAGCUCUCGUCUUCAUCAUCGCUGCCCUUCUUUGCCACCUGCGCACAGGUGACGCCCAGCGAUCCUGCGGAAAGUCGGACAUCACGAUCGCGGUGCGCAAGACGGGGAAGGUGGUGGGCAGGCAGCCGGAGUACGAGGCGACGAUCGGGACGUCGUGCUCGUGCCCGAUGAAGGACGUGCGCGUGUGGUGCGGUGGCCUGGAGGACAGCGCAGUGCCGCUGGACGGCGGCAAGGUGGAGGUGGACGAGGGGAUGUGCGUCCUCAAGCAGCCUGUCGUGAGGGGCUCGCCGCUCGUCCUGAGAUACUCCUCGGUGGUGCCGGUGAACUUCCGCGUGUUCAACGCCGCCCCUUACUGCUAA